UCAGUUGAUGAUGUGUCAGCGAAGCCAUUUCUUGAUUCGUUCAGUUCAACAGCUUCUCGCUAAAACUCCUCUUUUUCUUUUUUAAACCCUAAACCAACCUUGUACUCUUCUACCUUUCGCCCUUCUUGUUUCUCUCGCCCUCUCUGUAACUCCAAAUCUGAGCGAUAUGAGCGUGUCGGUUGAGUUGCUCUCAAUAAAGAAUCCUAAUACUAGCAUUAGUCUCAGCAACGGGGUAGCGAAGAAAGCUCUCUGUACGUCGCCGUUUCUGCGGUUUGAUUCUCGUGGCUUUCAAGUUUCUCUUUCUAUUGCAAAUGGCCUCGGUGUUGGUUCUCAUUUCGGCCUUCCGCGGACUUCGGUUAAUCGGUCAGUUGUCGCUUGUGCAGCAUCCCACGAGGAAUCGGCUUCGGAAAUUGAAAUAGAGAAGGAGAGUGAGGAUCUCAAAGCUAGUGUUGAAGAAUCCAAUGAAGCGUGGAAACAGACGUUGGAAUUGUUUAAAGAACAAGCCUUAAAAAUGCAGAGUGUGUCGCGAGAAGCAUAUGAGAUAUACUCCAAGAAAGCUAUGAUCAUAUUGCAAGAAAAUUCUGAGCAGUUGAAAAUCGAAGCGGAAAAGGCUAGACAGGAGUUGACUGCUGCAGCGAAGGAACUUAGCGAAGGGGGUAGAGAAUAUCUCACUGUUGCUACAGAUAAUUCUCCCGAAGUGAGGGAGAUUUUGGAAACAUUUACGUCAACAACUGAUGAUUUGAAAGAUAUUUCUAAAAUCCGUGAUUUUCACGUUGGAAUACCAUAUGGUUUGCUUCUAUCUCUUGGUGGCUUCCUUUCCUUUAUGGUAACAGGCAGCAUAUCUGCUAUCAGAUUUGGUGUAAUUCUAGGUGGCACUCUUUUGGCUCUCAGCGUCUCCAGUUUAAGAUCACAAAACAGAGGAGAAAUAUCUCCCUUGGCCUUGAAAGGACAGGCAGCUAUAGCAACUGCAAUACUGUUAAGGGAGUUAUGUAUGUUAUCUCAGAGAUUUGCAUUUCCUACGUUUGUGACAAUCCUUAUCAGUGGUGCAGUGGUAGCAUUCUACAUAUAUAAGAUUACUGUUGAUGGCCAGUGGAGAAAAGGAUCAGGUGCAGAAUCUGGGGCAGAGAACCAGUAGUUGAAGAACUAGAUGAUUGCUGAGAAUUCAUCUUUCUGGAUUUCUCAGUUGCAGAAAGAAAAGGGAACUCUAUAUCCUGUGUAUGCAUGGAGGUAGAAGUGUGAGUGAUCUAUAUUAGCACAAUGUCGAGUGGAGAUUGAGAAAAAAUUGCUUGAUGCUUGGAGAGUGGUGCAUGCAGAAGGAAUCUAGGCACUAGUUAUGGGUAACUUGAGUGCCAUUUUUACUGUUGUAAAAGUCGAACUGGAUGUUAUAGUGCAGAAGAGUCUAAUAAUCCAGUAGGUAGUUUUUGUAUUGAUACUACAAAAAUCAUAGUUGUUCACGCCUUUGGUUAAUAUGUUCACUGGUUUCAAGCAGUAGAUUGUCAACUGUUAGCAAUUGCAAUGUUAUUGAAUGGGAAAAGACAAUUCAGACGAGUA